AUGCACAACCGUAGCCAUAUAGCAUACCGCCGGCAGGAGCCAGGCUCGGCAUUUUCCGGUAUCCCUACUCCAGACUCCACCGGCCUUGUCAAGGAUUAUGACAAGCUGUAUCCCGCGAAAAAAUUCACAGCGCCAGCCUGUUGUAUCUCUUCUUCGCAAACUGUCGAGGAACAGCUUGUGGCCGGACUAGCGCACGGAUGCAAGUAUUUUAUGGAUGAGCGGGACGUGGAAUGGCUGGAAAAACGCAACGAAGAAGCCCGAGGGGAAGGGACAAGUGCGCAGGCCGCACUCAGCGUCAACGCUAGAAUACGAAGAGUAAGGUACAAUGUUUCCGAGAAGCUCGAGGUCUUUACAAGCCACUUUGCGGAUGCUUGUGGCCUAGUAAGGAAAGUACGCCAACGAGAAGAUGUAAAGCUUCGUUCCAUGCGCCAUUGGCAUAAUGUUUGGCUUGCUCGGGUAUCGAUCGUCAACUUGAAACGCAAGAAUCCAUGGCUUGAUAAGGUUGAUGAAGAGUUAUUUGUUGACAGAGCGCCCGCUGCCAAGAAACCAGAUGUUCGUCUCGCUCCCAUAUCGAUCAAAUCAGAGGCUCUUUUCGUCACCCCACCAGCUCGCACUGAGCCCGCCAACUCUUAUAUUCCGCCUCUUGUACCCUUUGCUUCUCGACUUUUCAAGUUCAUGGCUCGUUCAAGUGCGUCUGCUUCGCCAGAGUCUAAAGCAUCACAACGGAAAUAUGUGAGACUGCGUCGUGGUCGUGGUGGGCGGAUGAUGCUGGAUCGCCGGGGCAGACAUUCCCUUGUGCGAGAUACGGACUCGGAGGAUGUCGACGAGGAGACUAGGCGCUUGAAGGAGAGGUGGCGAUUUGAUUCAGACGAUGCUCCGCCGUUUGGUGAAAGCUAUGAAGAGCGGGAUCCUGAGCCCGUAGCUGAUUAUGGUCUGAGUGCUAUCCUUUUCAGCUAUCUGCAACAUACUUUCCGUCUUCUGUCGGAAGUGGACACGGCGCUUCUCACGGACCCGUCAAUCGUCAAAUACGACCCGGAGAGUGGUCGGAAAGAAACCAUCGUACCGUUCACGUUCGGAUUUUCCAGCAUUGUUCGACCUCCCCCCAUGGCGUCACCUAAUUCGCAACGUACUAUUUCUACUCCACCAACGAUGAACGAUACCGUUGGCACCUCUUCUGACGGUUCAGCUCGUCCCGACCUUGCCGUCGAGCCAAUCACGCCGUCUUCCGUAUCCUCAGCACCGUAUGCCAAGGGUGUCCUUCAUCAUGCUCCCGCAGCGAAUGGCACGAACGGUCGUGCAGCCAUCUAUCUUGGCAUUUCCAAGGUGGAAUCCACCAUCCAUCCCCCUCUUUCAACAGAAGUUUCGACACAGAAUUGCGUCUCUCAGCCGGAUGAUUUAUCAAGGUCAGGCAGUCUGAACCCAGUGCAUUUUUCUGAAGGGAAUACCAUGGUGAUUUUUGCAGUCGGUAUCACGCCUAUCCAACAGCAACAAUUUAUCCUUUCCAUAAUCCUCCUCAUGCCACUCCUCUAUUCCGACAGAUGGAUCCUAACACUCGGGAACGCCGAAUUGCCCGUCUCAAGGAUCAGGUUCAACGGCGGCGUUAUUUAA